AUGACCAGUACUACAACAACGACCAGUACGACAACAACAACCAGUACUACAACAACAACUGUGGGCAUAAUCACUGUUUCAGUCACAACUACUACUAUUACAACUACAACAACAGUAUCCUUAAUUGGUCCGUGUAUAUUAAACUGUAAAAAUGGUGGAAUAGCAGAGACAGAAGAGGGAUGUUUUUGUCUUUGUUUAGACUAUACAUCUGGAAAAGAAUGUGAAACUAUUGAUUGUGGUACACCGGAUGAAAAUGAUGAUAUAUGUAACGCGGAUAAUAAACCAUUAUGUGAUGACAGUGACACAUUUGCUCUUGAAUGUCGUCAUUUAUGCGGAAAAUGUUAA